GUUCUAUAGGACUGGAUUAGAUUGGGAUCGUUGUUGGCCAUUACUGUCUUACACCUCGCUAGUUCAUCUACAGUCACCGGAAGCAACCAAUGUCAAGGUUUCUUGAGCAAUGCGAUACAGUGCGGCCAUAUUGGUACACCGACACUCGGCAACACGCGUUUGGUUGCCAAGCCAGAGGUAAUGACAUGGAUACCGGUCAAUCAGAAAACAGGAAAUCGUCACAUGGUGUGCUCAUACUCUGGUGCUGGUUCAAAGACACCAUUGGGAUCAUUCGGUAGACGUGAUGGGAGUACUACUCAUACUUGGCAGCAUGCAUCUACCAUCCCAUCUUUUGGGGGACAUCGCAACGAUCAAUCUACAGUCGAUUUCAAAGCCCGCUCUCCAACCGAUAUUCCCGCUAAUACCACCACAGCCCCUACGAGCCAGGAAGUCCCAUCAACAACCACUAAAAGCCGAUCAACCAAAGUUGUCACCCUUGGUACCACAGUUGUUGCCAAAUCAACAAAGAAGCAGCGUGGGCCAACUUCUGCACAAGCUGGCCUCUCGACACCUUUACCUGCUUCGGCCACUGUAGCUAACACACCUAAGGUGACAACCACGUGGGCUAGAAGCACCACGAAUGCCAGGAUUGCUACAUCUGAACCCGACAUCUCUGGAUGUAAAUACUCCACGAUCAACAAAGAUGCGAUUCAGUUCAAAUUCCCAGCUAUACUCGCUUUCCCUCUUCAUCUCGAUGUCUCCAUCAAAGGGCAAAAGUCUGCCAAAAUCUUCUUGACACAAGAUCGAUCUGAAGAACAAACACUCGCCUACUAUGAGAUCACUUUAGGUACUCUGUUUGAACAAGCCAGAGUGACAGUACAUCACUGUGAUUUGCCAGAGUCCUGCUCUCAGAUAGAAAAGGCUACCGGAUUCGGACUAUCCACGACCGAUUUCACUCGGAUUUGGGUGGAGUACGAAGCCAGAGGUCGGAUCCAAGUUGGACACUACGGACAACCAGCUAAACUAGACGUAACCGACACAGAUCCGAUUUCUAAUAUUGAAUACGUCGGAUUCUUUAACCGGCUUGUAGCAACUGAGUGGAUCUUUCACGACUACUGUUAAGAACGAAGUCAAUACCUAUAACAUAUUAUUAGUAAUCAAUGCGAAGAGGAGCUGGCAGUUAUGCUAAACAUAUCAAGAAUAAUUGUUUCUUGUAAAUUUUGAGUACUACUUCAAUCGCAGACCUUAACGUAAAAAUACUGAUACUGAAUGUAGUCUCUCCUUUGUUAUACGUGUACAUGCAUCUCGUGAUUAUGAUAUAUUUAUUUAAAAAAUAUGUAUUAAAAUAUCUUUAUACAUGAUAACAAGCUCAGAUUGUCUGUUUUUCAGCAUGGUCAUGUUAACGUAAAAUAACAAUAUAUACAUAUAAGAUAGAGUAACUUAGGUUGAAUACAAACAAUGAAUUCAAUACAUUAAAAAAAAAUCAGAAAAAUUACUAAUACAAAAAAAUUUCAACAUAACAUUUUUUUAGGAUUCUGCGAAAUGAGAAAGUUAUUAUAGACAACACAAUCACAGUAAAAUAUAGAUUAAAGUGUAUGAUAUCAUUGACACAUUAAAUCAUCAUAUAGAUAAUGACAUUUCAUUAAAGUAGAAAUUAAGGAAUAUAAUCAUCUUUGAGUAUAAUACAUUGGAUUUAAGUAGAAAAUUAUCGAAAUGAAUAUUGUUAGCAAAGUAUUGGAAACUUGUUUGCUUAGACUACGAAUUAUAUUAUAUAGACAAAUAGACAGCUUUAGUUAUAUCAGAUUGGAUUACCCAAAUCAUUAACACAAUCAAGAAGAGAAAAUAAGAGUAAAAUGAAAAAAAAAACAUACUAAUUAUCUAAAUAAAACGUCUUAUAAAUCAAUUUAAAUGUUUCGAUAGGAUAAAAUGGGGUAUGUCGUUACAUCGUUUGGCACCGGAAAAUCUAAAAGUUUGUUUGAAAAUUGAUAAGUGAACAUCGACUAUUUUCAUUUCUUGUAUGGUAAUUAUUUCGGUCACAGACCGUUUCGAUGUCAUUACAACGUUAGUGAAGGGCUAAUCCAUGUAUACAUUUACAAUUUUUUGUGGCAAGAAAGUAUUCUUUUCUUUCAUCAAUAUCAGUCCAAGGUUAUUUUCAAGUGUUUUAAGAUAAUAUUUUGAUCAGAGUCUCCAGUUAUGUAACGUGCAGCCAUUUUUUGUAAUCUAUGAAUUUUGUUUUUGUUUUUAUCAGUAGUAUUUCCCCAGACAGGUAAUAUAUAAUCGAUGCAUGGUUGUAUUAUAAAUUUAUAAAGGGUGUUCAAUAAAGAAGGACUUAAAUUGUCUUAAUUUUGCAAGGGAACGGAUUUUGAAUCCAAUGGAUUUGCAUAAGUUGUUGACGUGAAUGUCCCAUUUAAGAUUUUCAUGUAUUACAACGCCUAAAUAACGUAUUGAUUUAACUUGUUUAAUUUCAUUUCCAUCAACAAAUAUUUUCAUUAUUAUUGACAUCAUAAUAGAACAUUAAAAAAAGACACAACCUUUGAAAUGUGUAAUCCAUCCAGAAUAAAAUAGAGAUUACUUUGAGACAUGAGAUUUAGGCUGGUAAAAUCAUUCAUAAUAAUUCAAUCAUUCAAAGAAAAUCAAGAUUUAAACAAAAAAAUGUAUAUUAAUUUAGCACCUUAAGAAUUAAGAUAGAUAUUGGGCAAUAGUUCGCUUCUUCAUUCCUUGGACCUUUUCCCUUAUAGAUUGGAGUGGUUCUAGCCAAUUUCCAGUCUUCUGGUACAUCAUCACAUUGUAUACUUAAGUUAGAAAUUUGGGUUAAAGAUUGAUGAAUAUGUGGUGCUGCUAUUUGGAGUAAUCUUGAAUUAGCAUUGACACUUGAAUCUAUACAUAUAUUUGUUCUGGAAAUGCAAGGUCAGCAGUGUAAAGUAGAGCAAUACAUUCAGAAUGAAAUUCACUCUUUGUAAGUGAUCAAGGUCCCAAGGUAGUCUGGAGGUCUAUCAGGUUGUCCAAGGGAAUACGCAUUUGAUCCACGAGGUUUAAACCCUAGCCGCAUCCGUGCCCCUAGUCAAGAAAUUAAUCUACAUUUUCGUACUCGACCCAUUUUAGGUAAAUGAGUAUCUGAGAGGAAUGACUAUUAUUAUUGUUAUUAUUGUUAUCAUUAUUAUAAUAAUAAUCACUAUUAACAUCAUUAGCAUUACUAUUAAUGAUUGCAACCAGUAGAUUACAUGCCGGGCUAAAGCCAAUGUGAUAAUAUUCAAAGUCCUUCAAUUAGAAGCAUAAAGAGGUGUCAGAUAAGUAUGCUAUAUAUACUAGUAUACAAGAACAGAUAAUUAUCAUUCUUAUUGACCGUCUCUAAAUUUCGAAUUAUAUAGCCCUCUGUUUAUUUGCCACUAAAUCUUUGUUUAUAAUACUCAUGAUAUCGGGACUUUGAACAUCCUUGUCUCGAUCGUUAUUCGCAAGU